CCAGAGGCAAACUGGAGUCAGAGUCUGCUGACUCCUGGCCCAGCUCAGCUUGGAAUCUGCAUUGGAGGAUUUGGGGAGGUGAUCUGGAGGUCCAGGAGGUGCCAGGCAGGUCUGGGUGUGAGCUCCCAGGAAGUUACCACACAGGUGAGGCAGCUGCCUGUACUGGAGGAGGAGUGGGACUUCUGGUGCAGCCUCUUACCAGCACCGUGGGCGACUUACCACCUUGGAGCAUUGGUGUCCUGUCUGUAAAACAGAGACAAUGAUGGGUCCUACCCCUUGGGGUGUUGUGAGGCUUGGAGAGAGAUCUUUAAGGACCAUAAGGGGUUGGCACAGAAGAAGUGUUCAAUAAAAGGUGGCUUUGAUUCAUGUGUGCUGAGACUCCCUCUUGAAGUUGCCUUCUGUGGUCUGGUGAGGGCUGGAAGGUUCAGGUAAACAUUUCAAGGUGACCCUGAUUGGGGGCGAGGCCUGGGUCCAGGCUUGGGACUGAGGACCUCUGCUGCCAACUCCCAUGAUAGCCACUGCAGCCCCUCUCAGGGCAAGCGGGUCUCAUUUUAACUCUGGUGCAGACCUCCCUGUGUCGGCCUCUAAAGCUGUGCCUAGCUUUGCUCUGGCCUUGUUUGCUCUCCUCCACCUCCAGGGAAGCUGGUGGGGUCUGGUGCCGAGGGUCACCCCUGUUUCUUCCACAACAAGCAUAGGUAGGAGGGGACAGAAACCCCUGCCCAUCCCCGCCUCAGGGUCUCCACACACUCAGACUCCCUCCCUCCCUGCACCAACCCAGACCUGGAAGAGCCCCUUUCCCGGAGAGCCACUCAGAGGCCUCAUCAUCCUAGCCACCCGGCGCCGAGGGUGGAGGCAGCCAGGCACGGGGCUUGGGAGGGCUCUUUUCGUGAAACAAACCUCGCCCCUGCCAGGCGGUGAUGGACCUGGGGCACCGGCUUCACAUUAGCCAAGUGCUUCAGUCAGGGCUGGGCAUUCCUGUCCUACAGGCACCGGAGGUUGUGAAAGACCCUGUGACAGGGGACAAGGCUUAUCCACUUGGUGCUGCCCUGGGUCCACUCCCUGCUUUCCAGAUGUCAGUGGGCCUUCUAGGUCCAGGCACAAGAGCAGGGUUGGGUGGGGUAGGUGCUGAUGGUAACGCCUAGAGGGGAAUGGGUCUUCAUGGGUGGUAGGCCCCCAUUACAGGGGCCAUGUAGGUUUAAGGUUCCUCAUUUCCUUGAUAGGUGGCUUGUCCUGGAGUGAGUGUGAGGCUUGGGUGGAGCGGAGGCGGUUGGGAGGGACCAGGGAGGAGCUUGGGGCCAACUGGCACAUUGUUGGCUCUGCGUUAAAAAGCCGACAGUCUUCGGUCCUGCACCCACUGCCUGUCAUUUGUGGCUCUUGAGGACUGUCUGUCUCAUGGCUCUGGCAAAGGUGCCUGGGACCUGCCUGCUCACCAUUCGUGUCUUGCAGGCCUGUGGCCUGCCCUCGAAGGACCUAGUAACCCCCUCUGACUGCUAUGUGAGUCUGUGGCUGCCCACGGCCUCUAGCCAUAGGCUGCAGACACGCACGGUCAAGAACAGCAGAAACCCCAUCUGGAAUCAGAGCUUUCGCUUUCGAAUCCACAGCCAGCUCAAGAAUGUGGUGCAGCUGCAAGUCUUUGACCAGGACCUCCUGACCAAUGAUGACCCCGUGUUGUCGGUGCUAUUUGACGUGGGGACUUUGCGAGCUGGGGAGUUCCGCAGAGAGAGCUUCUCACUGAGCGCUCAGGGUGAGGAGCGGCUAGAAGUUGAAUUUCGGCUACAGAGACUGACAGACUGUGCUGAGCAGCUUGUCACCAAUGGCAUUCUGGUGGCCCGGGAGCUCUCUUGCUUGCAUGUUCGACUGGAGGAGGCAGGGGACCGGAAGGAGUCCGGGGGAAGAGUUCAGCUCAUGGUUCCUGGGUCCUGUGAGGGUCCGCAGGAGGCCGCUGUGGGUGCUGGCUCCUUCUGCUUCCAUUGCCCGGCCUGCUGGGAGCAGGAGCUGGAUAUUCAUCUGCAGGAUACCCCCCAAGAGCACCUGAAGGUGCCCCUGAGGGCCUUGCCCUCUGGGCAGGUGGUGAGGCUUGUCUUCCCUACGUCCCAGGAACCCCUGAUGAGGGUGGAGCUGAGAAAAGAAGACGGACCCAGGGAGCUGGCUGUGCGGCUAGGCUGCGGGCCCUGUGCCGAGGAGCAGGCCUUUCUGAGCAAGAGGAAGCAGGUGGUGGCCAAGGCCCUGAAGCAGGUCCUGCAACUGGAUGAAGACUUACAGGAAGAUGAGAUCCCCGUGGUAGCUGUUAUGGCCACUGGUGGUGGGAUCCGGGCGAUGGUUUCCCUGUAUGGGCAUCUGGCUGGCCUGAAGGAGCUGGGUCUCUUGGAUUGCAUCUCCUACAUCACAGGGGCCUCUGGCUCUACCUGGGCUUUGGCCAACCUCUACGAGGACCCAGAAUGGUCUCAGAAGGACCUGGCAGGGCCCACCGAGUCACUGAAAACACAGGUGACCAAGAGCAAGUUGGGCGUGCUUGCUCCCAGCCAGCUACAGCAGUACCGGCAGGAGCUGGCCGAGCGUGUCCGCCUGGGCCACCCGCCCUGCUUCACCAACCUGUGGGCCCUCAUUAGUGAGGCCCUGCUGCACGAUGAGCCCCAUGACCAUACUCUCUCAGACCAGAGAGAGGCCCUGAGUCAAGGCCAGAACCCUCUGCCCAUUUACUGUGCCCUUAACACCAAGGAGAAGAACCUGACCACCUUUGAAUUUGCUGAGUGGUGUGAGUUCUCCCCCUAUGAGGUUGGCUUUCCCAAGUAUGGUGCCUUCAUCCCCUCCGAGCUCUUUGGCUCUGAGUUCUUCAUGGGGUGCCUGACCAAGCGGCUUCCUGAGUCCCGAAUCUGCUUCCUGAAAGGUAUCUGGAGCAAUCUGUAUGCAGCCAGCCUCCAGGACAGCUUAUACUGGGCCUCAGAGCCCAGCCAGUUCUGGGACCGCUGGGCACAGGAUCAGGCCAAUUUGGACAAGGAGCAGGUUCCUCUUCUGAAGAUAGAAGAGCCUCCCACGGGGACCGGCAAGAUUGUUGAGUUUUUUACUGACCUUCUGACACGGCGCCCACUGGCCCAGGCCACACAUAAUUUCCUGCGUGGUCUUCAGUUCCACAAAGACUAUUUCCAACAGCCUUACUUCUCCACCUGGAAAGCCACCAAACUGGAUGGGCACCCCAACCAGCUGACACCUGCAGAGCCCCAUCUUUGCCUGCUGGAUGUUGGCUACCUUAUCAACACCAGUUUCCCACCCCUUCUGCGGCCCACACGGGAUGUGGACCUCAUCCUGUCACUGGAUUACAACCUCCAAGGAGCCUUUCAGCAACUGCAGCUCCUGGGCCGGCUCUGUCAGGAGCAGGGCAUCCCUUUCCCACCCAUCUCCCCCAGCCCAGAGGAGCAGCGCCAGCCUCCGGAGUGCUGCUUGUUUUCUGAUCCAGACUGCCCUGAUGCCCCAGCGGUGCUGCACUUCCCUCUGGUGGAUGCCUCCUUCCGGGAGUACUCGGCCCCUGGCAUCCAACGGACACCUGAGGAGAAGGGGGCCGGAGAGGUGAACCUGUCUUCAUCCAACUCUCCCUACCACUACUCGAAAUUGACCUACAGCCCAGAGGACAUGGACAAGCUGCUCCGCCUGACACAUUACAACAUCUGCAACAACCAGGAGCAGCUGCUGGAGGCCCUGCGUGGAGCUGUGCAACGGAAGCGCCGGCAGCACCGGCCGUAGUGAUGGCGCUGCCCGGCCGGGACUCCCUGCUCCCCUCCCGACACUUUGUCAGACUCACUCCCUGUCCACCUGGAUGAGUCGGGCAGAGACCGUCAUCACCAACAGUUCCAGAGCCUCCGCAGCCUGGAUGGCCCUGGCCCCCUCGCGCUCUGAGGGGCUCCGCCAAGAUAUGUGCCUGGCCCUACCCACAUAGGGCCCUGCAGCCACCAGCACCCUCUCCACAUACUUGCAGGUAGGUUGAAGGUUUUAAAAGGGCUGAGAGCCCUGUGUCCUCAGGCUGGAGGUGGUUUCCUCUUCAAGGAGAACAUUCAGAGGUGGCCAGAGGUAGACCUGGGGGCCGUUACUGACCAUAUUUGCAAAAGCGUUCAAAGCUAUGUGACCCUUUCCCUUGCUACUUUGAAUAGUUGUACAGAGUGAAAUAGAGCGGUUUAUGUAUCACAGA